AUGAAGAGAGCCAGUGAAUGGGCUUUAUCUCAUGAGAUUCCAAGUGAUGUCACCGUUCAAAUUGGUGAAGUUUCGUUUUCCUUGCAUAAGUUUCCAUUAGUUUCUAAGUGUGGAUACAUAGAGAAACUGGUCUCAGAAUCCAGUGACGAUGAUGUUUCAUUCAUUGAACUCUAUGAUGUCCCUGGUGGAGCAGAAGCAUUUGAACUGGCAACAAAGUUCUGCUACGGGAUAAACUUCGAGAUAAGUGUUGAAAACAUUGCUAUGCUUCGAUGCGUGGCAGAGUAUCUUGAGAUGACAGAGGAUUAUUCAGUUGGAAAUUUGGUGGGAAGGGCUGAUUCAUACUUGAAUGAAGUGGCACUGAAGACUAUUUCAGGAGCUGUGUCAAUCUUACACGUGUCAGAACGGCUCCUUCCAAUUGCAGAAAAAGCAAAAUUGGUCAGUCGAUGCAUAGAUGCUAUUGCGUUCAUAGCCUCAAAGGAGACUCAAUUCUGUGUAUCUAUGAGAAGUGACAUUAGCAGUGAUGGCAUAGAAUCUCACCAAAGGCCAGUAGUUCAAUGGUGGGCUGAAGAUUUCACAGUUCUCAGAAUUGACAUUUUUCAAAGAGUGAUAAUUGCAAUGAUGGCAAGAGGGUUUAAACAGUUUGCUCUUGGCCCCAUCAUUAUGCUUUAUGCACAGAAAUCUCUACGAGGUUUGGAGAUAUUUGGAAAGGCAAGGAAGAAGAUUGAAAUUGAGGCACAAGAGGAACACGAGAAGAGGGUUGUUUUGGAGACACUAGUGAGCCUUCUGCCAAGGGAGAAGAAUGCGAUGUCAGUGAGCUUUCUUUCUAUGUUGCUUCGGGCAGCAAUAUAUCUCGAGACUACGGUUGCUUGCAGGCUAGAUUUGGAAAAGAGGAUGGCCCUGCAGCUAGGCCAGGCUGUUUUAGAUGAUCUUCUCAUUCCUUCUUAUUCCUUCCCUGGGGACUCAUUGUUUGAUGUAGAUACAGUGCAGCGAAUACUGAUGAAUUACCUACAAUCUGAAAAUGAAAAACAUUUAACCUAUAAUGCAGAUGAUGAAUAUUUUUCUCCACCCCAAAGUGAUAUUUACGGGAUUGGAAAGCUAAUGGAGAACUACCUUGCUGAAGUAGCCACCGACAGAAAUUUAGCUGUUUCAAAAUUCAUCGCUCUUGCAGAACUAAUUCCUCAACAAUCAAGACCAACAGACGAUGGGAUGUAUAGGGCCAUAGACAUAUAUCUUAAGGCUCAUCCAAUUCUCAGCGACACGGAGAAGAAGAAAGUGUGCAGCGUGAUGGAUUGCCAGAAGUUAUCACGAGACGCGUGUACACACGCUGCUCAAAACGAUAGGCUUCCUGUUCAAACUGUGGUUCAAGUUCUCUACUAUGAACAGCAACGUCUUCGAGAUUCCAUGGAUGGUAGUGUAGGUUGGGAUUCUCCUAAUAAUUUUCGUGACAAGACGAAUCCAUCCUCCAACGAGCUCUCCGUCUUACGAAGAGAAAACGAAGACCUGAAACUCGAGAUAGUGAAGUUGAAAAUGAAACUGAAAGAGAGCGAAAGAUCUUCCCUUAGAUCAGCAUCAAGCAGUCCUGUAAUAUAUGCUUCACCCUCCGCUGAUAAGCCUCCUCUCCCUCGAAAAUCCUUCAUUAACUCGGUGUCUAAAAAACUCGGACGCCUUUCUCCUUUUUCACGUGGCGAUGCUGCCACAAACCCUCUCAAAGGUCGCGUAAAACCUGACAAAAAUCGACGCCAUUCUAUAUCCUAA